CGAUGCCAGUCUAAGAUGCGGCAUGGCAUAUGUGGAGUCGUUGUUGCCUAAGUGCACCAAUUUCUUACACAUUAAGCAGCUCCAAGCCCACCUUAUAACCACCGGCCUUUUCCACUUAUACCCUUACCGUGCAAAGUUUCUCGACUUCUGCGCCUCCUCCUCCGUCGGCAACUUCCACUACGCCGCCUCCAUCUUCCGCUACAUCUCUUUUCCGCUCACCAAUGACUGGAACGCCAUUAUCCGCGGCCUCGCCCAGAGCGACCACCCAACCGACGCCGUUACGAGCUUCGCCCAAAUGCUACGUUCCCAUUGCAAGCCAGACGCCCUCACGUGCUCGUUCACGCUCAAGGCCUGCGCACGAGCUCUGGCCCGAUUCCAGACGUUUCAAAUCCAUUCCGGCGUCGUUCGAUUUGGUUUCAGCUCCGACUUCCUGCUCCGUACGACCUUGCUCGAUGCUUAUGCUAAAUGCGGUGACUUGGAUUACGCUCACAAGGUAUUUGAAGAAAUGGAAAUGAGAGAUGUGGCAAGCUGGAACGCUUUGAUUGCUGGGUUUGCUCAGGGGAACCGGCCCAUUGAAGCUUUGGAGCUGUUCAAGAAAAUGAGGGAAGCAAACACCGAGCCCAAUGACAUAACCGUGCUCGGCGCUCUAUCUGCGUGUUCCCAACUUGGAGCAAUCUCAGAAGGUGAGAGGGUCCACGAGUACAUAAGAAUCAAGAAUCUUGAUCUGAAUGUGUUCGUCUGCAAUGCAGUUAUUGAUAUGUAUGCAAAAUGUGGGUUUAUGGACAGAGCGCACAGACUGUUCGAUGAAAUGCCAUGCUCAAAAAGUCUAGUUACAUGGAACACGAUGAUCAUGGCUCUUGCAGUGCACGGAGAUGGAGUCAAAGCACUUGACCUUUUCAAAAGAAUGACUCAGGAAGGGGCGGUUCCUGACAGUGUGAGCUACUUGGCAGCACUAUGUGCAUGUAAUCACUCCGGCAUGGUGGAGGAAGGCAUGAUACUGUAUCAGUCAAUGGAGAAACAUGGAGUGAUAAAAAAUAUGAAGCAUUAUGGUAGCAUGGUAGACAUGUUGGGAAGAUCUGGGCAGUUAAAGGAAGCAUAUGACAUUAUAGUGUCAAUGCCUAUGGUUCCAGACGUGGUGUUAUGGAAGACACUACUAGGGGCUUGUAAGACUUACAAAGCUUUGGAUAUGGCCGAGAAGGCAGCAGACAAGCUCAUUGAAAUGGGAUCAAACAGUUGUGGAGAUUUCGUUUUGCUUUCCAAUCUAUAUGCUGCCCACAAGAAGUGGACUGAUGUAGGAAGAGUCAGACAGGCAAUGAAGAACUGGGAUGUCAAGAAAGUGCCUGGUUUUAGUUAUGUUGAAGUUAAUGGUUUGAUGUACAAGUUUGUGAAUGGAGAUAAGAACCACCUGGAGUGGAAUGCCAUUUAUGGGAAACUAAAUGAGGUAUGGUUCAGAAUAAGUGAGUGUGGGUAUGUUCCAGAAACGGAGUAUGUGUUGCAUGAUAUAGAGGAUGAGGAGAAGGAGAACGCACUGGCUUACCAUAGUGAGAAGUUGGCGGUAGCUUUUGCUUUGAUUAGUACAGGAGAUGGGACCCGGAUUUGUGUAAACAAGAAUAUAAGGAUAUGUGGGGAUUGUCACAUUGUCAUGAAGCUUGUUUCAAAGGUUUAUGGGAGGGAAAUUAUUGUAAGGGAUAGGGCUCGAUUUCACAAGUUUAAAGACGGGUCUUGUUCUUGUAGAGAUUAUUGGUGAAAUUUUGCUUUCUUUGCUCUAAAUUUUGCCUUUUUAGAUUACAUAAAACCUUGCUUUAUGUAACAUUCUUUGUAGAUUCAACUGGUGAGACUUGUAAAAAUAUUUGUAUACAUCACAACGAUGUUCCGCAACAUUCAUUUCAUCAAAAUGAGGUUACACGUCAAUUAUUUGGCUGAAGUAGC